AUGCCCAACAUCCGGACUCUCCAAAAGGGCAAGCGUCCACCACCAGGCUGGGACCUUCUUGAACCUACCUUAGUGGAGUUGGAGGCCAAAAUGAGACAGGCAGAAAAGGAACCCCAUGAAGGCAAACGAAAAUGCGAGAGUCUCUGGCCCGUAUUCAAACUGCACAAUCAACGCAGUCGAUACAUCUACGACAUGUUCUACACCAAAAAAGCUAUCAGCCGAGAACUCUACGACUACUGCCUCCGCGAAAAGUGGGCAGACGCCGGACUUAUCGCAAAAUGGAAAAAGAACGGCUUCGAAAAGCUCUGCUGUCUAAAGUGCAUUGAGGCAGCGGCCACCAACUUCGGUUCCGCCUGCAUCUGCCGCGUGCCGAAGAAGGACCAGCCGGAAGACAAGCUCUUGAUUGAGUGCGUCAACUGUGGCUGUCGCGGCUGUGCGUCUACCGACGUCUAG